AUGCAGGCAGAAAAUGACAACCUAUGGCGUCAAACACCUCUACUCUAUUCGACGCGUCUUUCUGAGAUAACGGGGGCCUCAGUCUACCUCAAACUUGAGAAUUUGCAUCCCUCAUUCUCAUUCAAGUAUAGAGGAAUAUCGUUCUUCAUCAAGAAGAUGAAGGAACAACAUGGAUCUUCUGUCCAUCUAGCAAUUGCGUCUGGAGGGAAUGCCGGGCUGGCGGCGGCAUGUGCAGCACGGUCCUAUGGACUUCGAUGCACAGUGUUUAUCCCAGAAGGUGUAGCGGAAAGCACAUUGGCGUUGCUGAGGAGAGAGAAGGCAGAAGUAAUAGUCGUUGGAAAGUUUUAUGCAGAAGCUUUGAAGGCUGCCCGAGAACUGGCUGCGACGGAAUCUGAGUGCGUCAUGGUACCAGCUUACGACGACCCAACCUUGUGGGAGGGUCAUAGUUCAAUGGUUCAGGAGAUCAAGGUUCAACUGGACCGAGAGCCAGACGCCAUUUUCUGCAGCGUGGGGGGUGGAGGCUUGCUUGGGGGCGUUAUCGUCGGCUGCAAGACGGCCGGAUGGGAUAAGGUUCAAGUUGUCGCCCUCGAGACCAUGGGAUCGGAUUGUUUCUUUUGGUCCUUGUCUCUUAACGGCGACAGGUUCAAUAGUGUGCAGAAAACAUUACCCUCUGGCGUGAAUCUCGUCCGCAAUGAGGAGCAUGACUUGAAUUUGGCGCAUUUCACGACAUUUUCAUCCAAGGCAUCCGGAUCCCUGGGUGCUUCGGAACCGGCAGCUCGGGUCGUGCAAAUGGCCCUCGAACGACCAGGAGGUGUGACAACCGCGACGGUGCCAGACGAAUUGAGCAUGGAUGCCCUUGUCUCGUUUGCAAACGACCACAAGUUCCUUGUCGAGCUGGCUUGUUCGACGACGCUAGUUCCUGCCUACAAUCCUACUCUUUUCAAGAAACUCGUUACCCCGAAAUCGACGAACGGAGGAGAAGAGCGGCCUACGGGUGUAGGCGCAGAUGCAGCAUAUAGGCUGAUUCAUGACGAGUUGUCCCUUGAUGGCUCUCCCGUUCUGAACCUGGCAUCAUUUGUACAUACCUGGAUGCCACCUCAAGCAGAUUCGCUCGUCCGGGAGAACAUCUCAAAGAACUUGAUAGAUAGCGACGAAUACCCUGCGACGCAAAUUAUUCAUACGCGCUGUGUCUCUAUUCUGGCCGACUUGUGGCACGCACCAUCUGCUAAGGAGGCUAUUGGGACUGCAACGACCGGCUCUUCGGAGGCAGCUCAACUCGGUGGGUUGGCCAUGAAGAAAAUGUGGCAAGAAAAACGCAAGGCAGCUGGAAAGAGCAUCCAUGAACCUGGACCCAAUAUUGUCAUGGGCGCUAACGCUCAAGUUGCUUUGGAAAAAUUCGCCCGAUACUUCGAUGUCGAGUGCAGACUCGUCCCGGUCUCGGUGGAGAGCAAGUAUCGACUCGACCCCAAAAAGGCCAUGGAAUACGUCGAUGAAAACACAAUUGGUGUUUUCGUAAUCCUUGGAAGCACUUACACAGGACAUUAUGAACCCGUCAAGGAGAUGUCAGAUCUCCUUGACGAAUACGAAGCAAAGACGGGUCAUUUCAUACCUAUUCAUGUUGAUGCAGCGUCUGGUGGUUUUGUUGCUCCGUUCGUCACCCCGAAGCUACAGUGGGACUUCAAGCUUCCUCGUGUAGUUUCCAUCAAUACAUCAGGACACAAAUUCGGUCUUAGCUACGUCGGCGUCGGCUGGGUGGUGUGGAGGGACAAGCAACACCUUCCCAAAGACCUCAUCUUCGAGCUGCAUUAUCUCGGCUCCGUGGAGUAUUCGUUCUCCUUGAACUUUUCGCGUCCGGCUGCACCGAUCAUCGCACAAUAUUUCAAUUUCAUUCAUCUCGGCUUCGAAGGGUAUCGCUCAGUCGGUCUCGCCGACAUGAAGAACGCUCGCCUUCUAAGUCGGGCUUUGGAGAAGACUGGCUACUAUACCGUCCUUAGUGACAUACACCGUGGUGUCGGAGGACGCGAGGAGCUUGGUAUCGACUCCACGGAUUUUGAGGACUACGAACCAGGACUGCCAGUUGUGUCGUUCAGAUUAAGUGACAACUUCCAGAAGAAAUAUCCUGAGAUCCAACAAAAGUGGAUUCAGACUCUUUUGCGAGCUAAGGGCUGGAUCGUUCCCAAUUAUGAACUCGCCCCAGACUUGCAGCAAGUGGAGAUACUUCGCGUUGUCGUUCGCGAGAACGUGACGGAAAUCCUGAUCGACAAACUCAUUGCCGACAUCAUCGAAGUAACUGAACAACUCAAAAAAGCGGAUUCCUCUGCACAUGCCCUGGAUACCUUGGGACAUGUUCAACGGCCUCAGAAACACGAAUCAGAAGCAAGCAACCUCAAGGCGGGUGAAGGAAGUCAAGCUAGUGGGACCUACGCUAGACCUUGUUGA